GCCAUGGCAGGGACUGCGCAUCAGCCACUUGGAUUCUUACAAGAACACACUGCAUGUAAGAGAAGGAGGAGUCUAAGCAGGCAAGAGGAGGCAUGGCUUCGGAUGCUAGUCACGCGCUGGAAGCUGCCCUGGAGCAGAUGGAUGGCAUCAUUGCAGACCUUCCGAAAAGGACAAAGCCUCUGGCAAAAUCCCCUGUCUCUGGGAGAACUGUGUGGCUGGAUCCUCGGGGCCCAGGAUCUACAGGCACAAAAACUGGUGCAGACAUUAGCGAUGGUACCUGUGAGCCUGGACUGGCUUCCCCGGCUUCCUGCAUGAGCUCCUUCCCAGUGCUGCAUCUUGUUGAGGACUUGAGGCUGGCCCUGGAGACGCUGGAGCACCCUCAGGAGAGGGCAGCCCUCCUGAGCCAGAUCCCAGGCCCCACAGCUGCCUACAUAAAGGAGUGGUUUGGGGAGAGCUUGGACAUGGCCGCCAUGGUGAAGCAGUUGUUAGCUCCCAAGCCAAAGAAGAAAAACAACUGUGUGGUGCACUCAGGAAGAGAAGUGGUCUUGCUGUCUGGCCGCAGGUCCACCAGCUCGCGGGGGAUGAUCACCAUGCUGGUGCACGUCUCUGAAAAGGACAGGCCACAGAGGACAAAGUGCAUGGGGGUGUGA